GCACUACUCGAAGCAAGCUGAAAAUAAUUACAGAAGAUGAUGAAGGAAAAGAAAAGGAGAGAAAAAAUGUGGACGGUGAAGUGAGAUUCAUGCUUGCCACCUUUAUUAGUCUUCCUUUUCCUUCUCUGCACUGUAUAUAAAAGAAAUCAUAGCCAGCUAUUUCCAUUUCAUUUCAACCGACACGCCACUACCCUUUUCUCUCAAAUCUGUUUCAGUUCUUGCAAAGAGAGAGAACAUACACAACCAAGAAAAAAAAAAAAAAAACUCCAUAGAGGGUGAAGAUUCAGAACAAACAUGGCCCUUACAAAACAAAUCAUGGGUUCUUCAUUGCUAGAGAGGUCCUUGUUUGUUCCUUCUUCUCCUUCAUCACUUUUCAAUCAAACUCGUUUCUUGGUUCCUCUGGAGAGCAAGAGAGUUGUGAGGGUAAGGAAGGCUGCAAAGUUUCCUGUGGCAACUAUAAGUGAAGAUUUGAUCAAGGGUUCUUCUUCUUCUUCUUCACUAUCAUCUUCUUCCACUUCUUUAGUGUCUACAGAGAAGCCAGUGAAAUUCAAGGUUAGAGCUGUUAUCACAGUGAGGAACAAGAUCAAAGAGGAUUUGAAAGAGACCAUUGUGAAGCAUAUUGAUGCUCUGGCUGACAAGAUUGGAAGGAAUGUUGUCCUUGAACUUGUUAGCACCGAGAUUGAUCCAAAGACCAAAGCUGCAAAGAAGAGUACGGAAGCAGUGCUGAAGGAUUGGUCAAAGAAGUCCAAUCUUAAGGUGGAGAGAGUUAAUUACACAGCUGAAUUCAUAGUUGACUCUAACUUUGGGGAGCCAGGAGCUAUUACUGUGACAAACAAACACCAGAAAGAGUUCUUCUUGGAAAGCAUAACCAUUGAAGGAUUUGCCACUGGACCAGUUCAUUUCCCCUGCAAUUCUUGGGUUCAAGCAAGAAAAGAUCAUCCCGGAAAAAGGAUUUUCUUUUCCAAUAAGCCUUAUUUACCUGGUGAUACACCUGCUGGGCUUAGAUUAUUGAGGGAAAAAGAGCUGAGAAAUCUCAGAGGUGAUGGCAAAGGAGUGAGAAACUUAUCUGACAGAAUAUAUGAUUAUGAUAUAUACAAUGAUUUGGGAAAUCCAGACAAAGGUAUUGAAUAUGCCAGACCAAAUCUUGGAGGAUCAGAUAUGUAUCCAUACCCAAGACGGUGUCGUACAGGCCGUGAGCCCAGCGACACAGAUAUGUAUGCAGAGAGUCGUGUGGAGAAGCCACUGCCUAUGUAUGUGCCAAGGGAUGAACGUUUUGAGGAGUCGAAGCAGAACACAUUCACAGUGAAGAGGCUGAAGGCAGUGCUGCAUAACUUGAUUCCUGGUCUUAAGGCCAGUCUUUCUGCUAGCAACCAAGACUUCAAUGAAUUCUCAGAUGUGGAUGGCCUUUACAGUGAAGGGUUGCUCAUAAAGUUGGGGUUGCAAGAUGACGUCUUGAAAAAAAUCCCUUUUGUCAGCAAGAUCCAAGAGUCCAGCCAGGGACUUCUUAAAUAUGACACCCCUAAGAUUAUUUCCAAGGACAAAUUUGCAUGGUUGCGAGAUGACGAAUUUGCCCGUCAAGCAAUUGCAGGAGUUAACCCUGUUAGCAUUGAGAAGCUCAAAGUUUUUCCACCAGUUAGCAAACUAGACCCUCAAAUUUAUGGCCCCCAAGAGUCUGCUCUUAAAGAAGAACAUAUUUUGAGUCAACUCGAUGGCAUGACAGUUCAAGAGGCAAUAAAUGAAAACAAGCUGUUUAUCGUUGACUACCAUGAUAUCUACCUUCCUUUCCUAGAAGGGAUCAAUGCCCUUGAUGGUAGGAAAUCAUAUGCCACACGUACCAUAUUUUUCUCCACACCACGUGACACUCUCAAACCUGUGGCCAUUGAACUUAGCCUCCCUUUUGCUGGACCUAGUUCUAGAUCAAAGCGUGUGGUUACACCACCUGUUGAUGCAACCACUAACUGGAUGUGGAUGCUUGCUAAGGCACAUGUUUGCUCCAAUGAUGCUGGGGUGCACCAACUUGUUAACCACUGGUUACGUACACAUGCAAACUUGGAACCAUUCAUAUUGGCUGCUCAUAGGCAAUUAAGUGCCAUGCAUCCAAUUUACAAGCUAUUGGACCCACACAUGAGGUAUACUUUGGAGAUCAAUGCCUUGGCUAGACAGAGUUUAAUCAAUGCCGAUGGAAUCAUUGAAAAUUGCUUCACUCCUGGACGCUACGCUAUGGAGAUUAGUUCUGCUGCUUACAAGAACUUUUGGCGCUUUGACAUGGAUAGUCUCCCAGCAGAUCUCAUCCGCAGGGGAAUGGCAGUAGCUGACCCAACACAACCACAUGGUCUAAAGCUAACAUUGGAAGACUACCCUUAUGCAGCUGAUGGACUACUAAUCUGGUCUGCCAUAGAAGACUGGGUUCGGACCUAUGUGAACCAUUACUACCCUCAUGCAAGCAUGAUAUGCAACGACAAAGAGCUACAAGCUUGGUACUCGGAGUCAAUCAAUGUGGGUCAUGCUGAUCUUAGGCAUGAAAGUUGGUGGCCUACAUUGAACAACGGUGAGGAUCUUGUCUCCAUUCUUUCGAUAUUGAUCUGGAAUGCAUCUGCACAACAUGCUGCUCUUAACUUUGGGCAAUACCCUUACGGAGGGUAUGUGCCAAAUCGUCCACCACUGACGAGAAGAUUAAUACCAGAAGAGGGUGAUCCAGAAUACGCAAGUUUUCUUGCUGACCCUCAAAAAUAUUAUCUGAAUGCAUUGCCUAGCUUGUUGCAAGCCACAAAGUUUAUGGCUGUGGUUGACACACUGUCCACUCACUCACCCGAUGAGGAGUACUUGGGGGAGAGACAACAACCUUCGAUUUGGUCAGGUGAUGCUGAGAUCAUUGAGGCAUUCUAUGAUUUCUCUGCAAAGGUUAGACAGAUAGAGAAGGUUAUUGAUAGCAGAAACCUUGAUAGGAGUCUAAGGAAUCGAUGUGGUGCAGGGGUUUUGCCUUAUGAGUUGCUUGCUCCUAGCUCUGAAUCUGGUGUUACAUGCAGAGGGGUACCCAAUAGUGUCUCUACAUAACUAUCUUAAACUAGUCAAUAAGGGACUCAUCUCCCACAUUUUGAUAAGCAUUUAUCUAUAUUUGCUUGCCUUACUACCUACUACUGUUCUCAGUCACUCCAUGGAUACCCAUUUUGUACCUACAUUUUAUCAAUAUAUAUAUAUAUUGUAACCUAGGGUUGUAUAGUCUGUA